GCCAGGCUAUCUUCACUCGCAGUACUAUCGUGCUUGGUCUAACUAUAUACUGAAAUUUUUCGAAGCCUAUAAUGAACAGGGAAUAGAGUUUUGGGGACUCACUCAAGGAAAUGAGUUCAUAGUCCCAAUUUACUUUGGUGCUUUCUUCAUCAUGCCUAACAUGAUAAUGUUGCCUUCCCAAGCAAGAUAUUGGACGAAAGCAUACCUGGGUCCAAUUCUCAGGACAUCAGACUACAAACAUAUCAAGAUUCUCACUUUGGAUGACGAACGACCAUUUAUGUCCUGGUGGUCAGACAGAAUGUUUACUGACAAAGAAGCUGCCCAUUAUAUUGAUGGUAUAGCUUUACACUGGUACUUUGACCAAUAA